AUGGCGGAGCGGUCGAGGCAGUUUCUCCUGAUCGGUGCCGGCGCGGUUUUGGGCUCCAUUUCGACCGUCGCCCUGCUGAAGCUCUACUCCAGGUGCUCUACCUCUUCUCCUCCGAUUUCCUUUUCUUCCCUCCUGGGGCUUUACUUGGGGUAAGCCUCGCUUACUAGAUAUUCUUGUUGAUGUUGUCUACGUGUUGCGUGGUUGAAAACGAGUGUCAUUCGUCUGUGUUUUGUUAUUGAAGAAAAGUUUUCGGGGGAUGAAUUUUUCUGAUGUAUACAGAUCAUGUUUUUUUCUCUUGGGAAUAUAAAGCUCCUUUCUCCUAGGAGACACAAUAUGCCUUAAUCGUGUACGGAAUGAUGUCGCGGCGGCGGGUGUUUCAGAAGCGGGAUUGAUAUUAAAGCUGCAUUGAAUCCACUCAGCUCGGAUUAGUAUUUCUUUGGCCAGAACUCACUAAUUUGUCUAGCAAGGCGUUCCGUCUUCUCAUUUUCUAUAUUUUCUCUCUCAUUUUCGAGUUUGCGAAAAUAUGGCAUCAGAAGCGGUAACGCAGUUCGGUUGUGUUAUUGCGAGCUACGACGGCUGUCUCUGUCCCUUUGAUAUAGCAACCCGUGCUACCUCGAUUCCGACGUAAGAAACAAUAAUGCAGUUAUCUCGAGAUGUUGAUUGUAGUAUCCUUAUUCGAACAUUCUUUUUCAACUGAGCCACUAUCGACCCUCUCUUGCUUUGAGUCUGUCAUCACCAAUCACAAUUGGUCAUCAAUAUUGGGCCACUUCCUAAUUAGUACCCAAUUAUCGACGCUGAUGACCUUUGUUUUGUUACUAUCUCCAUAAUUAGUUUCCAAAGCUGUCCACUGUCUGCAGUUCGACCACCCACGUAGCUAGGGCGUUCUUACCGAAGUUAUAAUCUUAACAAUGCCACCGAUAAAAUGUAUAAUGGUGAAAUUAUUGCAAAAGUUCAUGGAAAUUAGACCGUUUUCCUUUUCUUAUGGUGGAGAGGGGUUUUAUUGUAGUUCACUGGAAAUUAUGAUUUGUCAGGAAGUUCACUAGAUUGCAUUGAAUUUGCGGAUAUAGUGGUGGAAAUAUUUGCUAAGUUUACUUCACAAGGACCUUGUUUAUUAUUAUAGUUUAUCAACGUCUUAUAGACCAUAUAUUUUCGAAUGUUUAUGCUGAAAUUUUUGAAAGUGGAAUUAUUUUUGUGAAUUUUUACUUGGUAUCACUCUGAGCACAAAUAGACUAAUGUAUAAAAACUUUCUACAUCUAUUUUUCUUGAGUCUUCUCUUGCAUUACCACGUACUUUUUGUAUUUUUCAGAUGGAUUGACAAUAGAUGUGGAAUCAAGUCACGGAGUUUGUCAAAUGACCAUGGAAUCAUUGAUGGUACAGGUGUUCUGCUGCUAAUAGUCUAAAUCGGCGCUCAUUCUCUUUGCUAUGCUUUUUAUUUCAGUUUUUAUGGUAAAUUAGUGCUAAAUUAGUUAUGGCAAUCAUGAUUGUUUACUGUGGAAUUAUUUAUAUAUUCCUUGAUUUAAAUGAUCCAUUUCGAUUAUUCAGUUUUAGGUUUUCAUUUUUUGUAGGUCUCCUGAUGAUUAAAAUGGUUCUAGAAAAUGCUGUUUGAAAUUGAUCUCCAUGCUUUAGAAUUCUCCGUGUUUGUGUAAUUAGGUUACUAUUCUCCAGGUAAUCAGAUAUUGGUGACAUAUGCGUGAUUUCUUUUUGCUUAUCAGCAAAAGAAAAGAGAAUAACAAGCAAGAAAGAAUCAUAAUGAGACAUUGAUUACCUCUCUCACAAGGGAAAAUGGUGAAGUCAAAGGGGUCGCUGAUGGUAAAUAAAAUUGUCUGGAGUCUACCACCUAGAGGGACAAACCCCUUUUUAAGAGAUCUUCACAGAGUCUGGCCAAUGAAAUGCAACUAAUCUCACUUCUGAUCACGACUUAUAGUAUGUGAACUAAAUCACUUUGAGCACUGCGAUACCAAAUAAAAAAAUUUCAUUGUUUAUAACUUUUCAGCUGCCUACCAAUAGCAGCAAAUGUGGUACAUUUAGAUCCCUUUGAUUGCCUUUGAUUGAUCAACAUAAUUCCCUAACCCUUUUUUAUGGAUUAUAUUAAAGAUACUGCCUAAUGAAAUUGAUGUUGAGGACCAGGCUGUGAGCUAUCUGUUUGGAAGAGUAUUCGUCUAUUUUUUUUCUCGUUAAGGUACAGUUGACCAGGGGGUUUAAGCAUGACUAUUUUAUUAAUUAUAUAUCUACGGUAGAAAAAAUGCUGCAAGGGUUUAAUGAUUGAAAAAGAUACUCAGAGAUGUAAAUGAGUGAGAAACUGAGCAUGUGGUGUGUACACAAAAAAACUUGUUGUCCUUGAGAUAGCUUAUGGUUCUCUUUUGCACCAGACCCAACAAUAUUGUUUCGAUACAAGCCCUGCAAUAAGUCAUUCAAUUCCCACUAGAUACAAAGGAGAAUUCAAUAGGAACUUUCUUCUGUUGCAAGCACACGUGAACAGAGUAGGUUCACACAGAGCAGCAACAUUAAAAUCAAGCGUGAUACAAAGAAAGAUUGGUACUGUGAGGGAGAAAAUAGGGGGGUGAAGAGAGAGGAAGAGCAGUGCUAAUUGGCAAUGAAGCUGAAUAACAGCGAAAGAGAAUUGGAUAUAAAAAAAAUGAUUGUAAGUUUUCACCUUUACAAUUGAAGAUGACUAUAAAAUGUAUAUUCCGCAUGAUUGAACAUGGUUCCUGAAUAGAAGUUUGACACCGAGAGUAUAAUGAUCAAACAUUCAUGGAUUCUUACAGACUUUUCUCAUUGAAAUGAGUUUUUUUUUAAAUAAUUAAAAAUUGAUUGACUAUUAGAUAAGUUUAAGCUCAGUCUUUUUUAUGCAUAUUUAUCUAAAGUCUCAUCCAUUAGGGUGCUCACAGCUCCUUGUUACAAUCCAUCAAAUUGAUUAGCUAUCAUUGAGUAAAAUACUUGUGAGUAUAUUCCUCUUUGGACUUUAGAAGAUAGAACCAGGCACUUGUGUAUAUUCACUGAUGAAAGUAAUAAAUAUGUGUGGGCAUGCAUCAGAGUGGACAAGUGUUAAGAGAGUUAAUUAUUUAACUAUGAAAUGGAACCAAAAGAAAUAAUAAAUUUCAUCUGUAGUACACCGAAGAUACUGAUUCAGACUGUGUCGAUCAAUUUCUCAUGGAUGGUUUAUCAUCUUGCUUUGGAUGAUUCGUCUUCCUCAUUUAUCUCAUAUAUCUUUAGAUGGUCGAUUUGAUUCUUCUUUAAAAAUCAGAAAAAUGCCAUUUGGAAGUUUUAUUUGUUAUGACUAUAGCCAUUUUAUUGCUCUUUACUUUUCACCAAAUUAAGUGAUUUAUUGUCAUGUAUUUUGAUAAGGCCGUUGUUAGAUUUCUGUUAAGAAGCUUUUUCCUUGGUUGUACUCAUCAACUCAUACAUUUUAAAGCAGAAAAAACCUUUUGUCCACUUGAAAUUUCACGUACUUAAAUACCAACUAAAAUAUAUAAUUCGUUUUUUUAUUUUUUAUUUUUAUCUUAGGAAAACCCAGUUCGUCUCAACAGUGCCACAGGGUCGAAGGCAAAUCAAUUGUUGGAGAUUUUCUCAGUGAUGAAAUUAUUUCUGAACAACUCACGAGGUACACAAUACUGGCAUUAGGAUAUCCAUGCUAAUAUGCUUGUUCUUUCCUAAACUGGAUGUUGCGUAACUUUUCAUGUGUCUUGUUAGUUGAUCAAUAAGGCUCAAUGUAUCGUUUCUAUCUUAAAUAGAAUGCAUCCAUCUUGGAGGAUGUGCCUAUGUACACAAAAUGCAGAGAAAUAAUAACAGCAUUGGAGCUAAUCUUUUUAAUUUUGAGUAUUGCUUUUUUUAACGCAGGAAUAUUCAAUUCUUUGGGAUUGAAUCUCAACGAAAAGUGAUUAAAUCAUAUGUUGUCAUCAUUGGUCUUGGGGGAGUCGGGAGUCAUGCUGCUUCUAUGCUUUUGAGAUCUGGAGUAGGCAAACUUCUCUUGGUGGAUUUCGAUCAGGUAGCUCAGCAAACACAUCAGAGGUCUGUGAUUUAUUUUUUUUCCACGAAAUUAAACGCGCUCAUAGUUAGGUUUUCUUUGUAAGGAGAAAUUGUUGUUUGAAUUUUCUCUCUACUUAGGAACUUUACUUUCAUUAACUAAACUCCAACUGGAAACUACUUUUUCUCAAAAAGGCAGUUGAAGACUUUAAAAAAGCAGUAAAAUAUCUUGACCUAUAUGUGAUGAAUUUUAGUCUAAAUAGAAUGUAGAUGACACCUGGGUCUUGUAUAUUAUCAUUUCACUAGCUAAUAUUGAGAAAAUCUCUAUAAAUGUAACACACGAAAGCUGGUGACCAGAGCAAAACAUCUGUAUCAUCCCUGUCUCAUUUCUGGUGCCAACUCCCACAACGUAAGUAACUGUGGGCAUCUUGAAAACCACUGUCGAAUGGGAAUUCAUUUGGAUAGUAUAAACAGUUUGCACAUUCGACGGUUGGAAUUUAUUGGCCAACGUCGAGGAAAUCAUUUUUAUAACAAAUAAACCUUGUCUAUUGUCUUCUCUACGUAUUGUUAUGAAAUCCAUGCAGUUCAUAUAAUUUACCGUCUUUCUUCCUUUGCCUUAUCUGUUACAGGCCUCCAACUCUCAACUUCAUCCUAUAUUUGCAAUGUUGUUGGGAGUGAAUCUUAAAUUUAGUAGAAAUUAUCUCACCUUGUUAAGCCGAAGUAAAUAAGCAUGAUAAUAACAAUCAUGAACCAGAGGAACAUAAGCCCUGGUCAAGUUGGGUCAAAUUUCGUUUCUGUGCAGUUUUUAUUAUGCAUGCCUGGUUAAAAGGCGUUGGAUCUGCCAAACUUCGAGCCAGACCAGUCGGAUGACACUACCCAAAAUGCACUACACUUGUCAACAUCAAAUGUUACCUGUGCAGUUGCAAAAUUGAAUGUAAUGAUGUGAAUUCAUUUGUAACUUGGAACCAAAAGAUGAAUCAGGACCUGGUAACCAAUAGUGGCAAGUUUAAUCCAAGUAUCAUGUUGUUCUUAUAAUUGUAUAUGAUACAAUUAAUAGAUUUUCUUGAUGCUGAUGUCAUAUGUUUUCCUUGUAUCUGGGCAUGAUUUGAAGGUAAUGAUGGAUAUUUAUUUUUGGGAGAUUGAUUAUGAAGUAAAAUAUCCCGUACACGUGAUAUUAUGAUUGUUUCAGUUUUUAUGCUAUAUAGAUUGAGUUUCCAGAUCGUAUAGCAUGCAUGUGUAUAUUCGAUGCAUUCUUAGUUAACUUAUGCUGCCAAUAUCUGGUUUGCUUUCAUCAGUUUAAACAUCAUCAUCAGAGUAUUGCACUUUUCUCAACUUGUAAUUUUAUGGUUUUCCAAUCUAUGCUGAUGGACAGGUGUCACUUUCAUCUCUUAACCGGCAUGCUGUGGCCACUCGGGAUGAUGUUGGCACGCCUAAAGCCCUAUGUCUGAAAAAGCAUUUUUCAUCAAUAUUUCCAGAGUGCCAAAUAGAUGCGAGAGUACAGAUGUAUGAUACAUCUGCCGAAGAAGAGAUUUUGUCUGGCCAACCUGAUUUUGUUCUCGAUUGCAUUGACAAUAUUGACACAAAAGUAAUGUCAUUUAUCUGAUGCCACUUUCAGUAUUGUUUGUGACAAUUUCCUCUUUGUGUUAUCAUAAUGGCAUACUUGACUCCUAUUCUCUUAUGACUUGCUUACUAUGGUUCGAUUUUCAGACUUCCUAUUCUCUUACUCUACUGCAUAUUCAGUUUUUUAUUUGAUAUAGUAAUACUCUCCUUAUGAUUACAUUCUUUUACCUCUUUCUACAUUGUCAAGAUCACAUUGCCACUCUCGUUUCUUUUCUCAUUGCUCCGCGGAAAAUGGCAUCCACUCUGUUUACUAGAUCAUCGGUGAGACUCAUCCCAUUGUCUAAGACCCACGCAGUACCUACCAAUGACUUAGUAGACCUCAAAGGGACCUGCUACUUCGGUUGUUUUUGUGGGAUAAGAGUGGUGAGGAGAACUUUAAAAAUGAUUUGUUUCUAUAACUAGCUAGAGAUGGAUUUAGUCAACAAGCAUUUCUAUCAUUUCUAUUGUUUCUAUUACACCAUUAGACGUAAUAUGGACCGACUUAAUGGUUCCUAUUCUAAAUGACUUAGGUCAGAGCAGUAGACGUUGGGGUGUUUCCAGAUUUAGAGGUCAGGGAACAUAGACAUUGGUGAUUAGGAGCCUCCCCAUGGUAGAGAGGUCGAGUCAAUUAUGUACAGGGAUCUUGAACUGCCUGGAUUGGAGGAUAUAGAUGUCACGUUAACAGCAGCAGUCAACAACAGUUGAGCAGCACGUAGACGAGCUCCCACUGUGGCCUCUCUCGCUCUCAGAUAUGUUGAGAGCUACAACAUCGGCUUGGUAAGCCCUAUGAACUCUUAGGCUAAGGUUCUGAUACCAAAAAUAGAAUAUUAAGGUUAUAAUCUUUAGUCCCCUCCCUCGCCUAUUUAUAUUUCGAGAAGAUUCGAGAAGAGAGCGACAUUACACCAUAAAACCUAUUAUAAGCCAACUUGAUCAGUGCACAUUCUAAAUUACACUCUGGCACGCAAUGGCAGUGGUCAUGUCUCGUCUAUAUUCUAAUAGACUCUCCAACACAAAGCAUGCGUCUUCUUGAAAGGAUACCUCUAAAAGAGAUUUCUGCAAGCAACCUUAAAAAGGUUUGUUUGAAUGCUGAGUCUAAAAAGGCUAAGGAUUUUUGUCUGAAUAGAUCCUGAAUAGAUGCUAUUCAUGUGGCUUCAUUCAUGUUCAAUCCAUUACAAAUAGCUACAUAUAACUGGCUGAUGAAACAGAGUGUGUAAUGUGGGUGUUCAACAAAGGAGUAAACAGAGUGUGUAACCAAAAAAGAAAGUUAUGAACAGUGUGGAGGGAAAAAAAAAAAUCUAGGUCAACUGGCUGAUGCAAUGUGGGUGCAUGUAUUUAUUCUUUUAAAUUUUCUUGUAUCAAUAUCCCGCAGCUACAACAUGGCAAUGGCAAAAUCCUCACUACUCUCUAUUACAGGUUGCCCUUCUUGCUGCAUGUGUGCGUAGAGGACUGAGAGUGCUAUCUGCUACUGGCGCUGGUGCGAGAGCUGAUCCUACACGAAUUCGUAUUGCUGACAUUAGGGAAUCAUCAAUCGAUCCUCUCUCUCGAGCUGUAAUAUCUCUUACAUGAACAAAUACUCAAUUCAUAUCAUAUCGUCUUUAUGCUGAAUUUUUUUCUCUAUCAUCAAUGCCAUGGGAUUCUGUCUGUCUCUGUUGAAACAUAAUAUGCGUGUAGCAUUGCGAUCAUAUUCUUUUAGUUCCGUUGGUUCUUUAAGUGUUGAUUUUCACUUCAGAUGUAUAUUGUUUGUAAUUCUUUUCAUGGUAUUCUUAUAGAAGCUCGCCGCUAAUAACUAAUGAAAGUUUGUAUCGUUCGAUUGCUUUCUCGCGGAUUCUUUGUCUAUGAUAAUUAGUCAUAUUAGCAAUCCUACUGUUUUCACACAUCAGUUCUUGAAAUUUAAAUGCUCUUGAAAUACCGGUAAAAAUUGCAUGAGAAAUGGGAGAGUUAGUUUGUGGUCGAAGAUGAGGCAGUGAAAGUGGUCCAUGCUGGGGGGGGGGUUGACAUUUCCAUAUGAAUGGUUAUUUCUAGUUUCUGUUCUGACAUCGAUUAAUGUCUAUUAUGCUAUAAAAAUUCUCUUACCGUUUCCGUCUCACUGUGCUAUAAUUGACAAGAAGAAAUAUGUAUUAAUUUUUCUUAUUUAGUUGUAUUCAGCUUCAAAAGCACAUAAGCGAGGAAAAUUACAUAAGAUUACUGUCUCAAUGGAGAAUAAUAAUCCGUAAAAGAACCUAGUCCGUUGAUUUAUCUAUUUCAAUGUCCUCAAGGACGUAUUCUUCGGAUUCAGCUUCUAGGUUAACUAUUUCUGAAAACAUUGUUUACAGGUAAGAUAUCGGUUGAGAAAAGAGCAUGGCAUUGAAGGUGGAAUAUCUGUGGUUUUUUCUCUGGAGAAACCGAAGGCAAAGCUCCUGCCAUUUAAGGGGCCAACUGGAGAAGAAGAGAACCCAGCAGAUUAUCAGGUCCAGCCAUGGGCUUACAUCCUAUCAGUUUUAAUCGUAAAAUAUAAAUAAAUAAAUAAAUAAAAGAAAUUUCUACUGAAGAAUGUCUCCAUUUAAAUCGACAUGGUUUGUUUCUUCACUAACUUUAUGGUUUACUUCAUACAAAUGUCAGAUAGUACCGGGUUUCAGAGUCCGUAUAAUACCAGUUUUGGGGGCUAUACCAGCAAUAUUUGGGCAAGUAAUGGCGUCGUAUGCUGUGACAGAGCUUGCAGGCUUGUGCAUCCAAACAGAACCUGUGGUGAAUUUGGAUAUUGAUCAUUACAGGAUUCUUCAUCAGCGUCUUCUAGAACAUGAGGAGGCAGUGUAUGGCUCUGCUGCACAAGUCCUGGUAUAACAUUAUGAGGCAGGCAUGCUCAAUACUUUUAUGAUUUCAUUAUAUCAUUUAACUUGGUUAAAAUGCUAAACUUUCAUGUUUAUGGUGGAGAUGUAAGUGAUUAAUUUCAACAUUAAUGAGCCAUGAAAGCUUGGGGGGCGACCGUUUGGUACUUGACCUAAUUCCGCCUGAUCCUCAUCUCUAAGGUGGAUGCUGAGGAAGUCAUGUAUAUUGUCAAAGAACUCUGGCAUGGUAGGAGCGCAAGAGAUCAGUCAACAAAAGAGGCCGGCCGAAAGAUGUGGCGAUCGGUCAACGAACUGAUGCUUGUCAGGUAUAUAUAUAUAUAUAUAUAUAUAUAUAUAUAUAUAUAUAUAUAUUAAUCUGAUUAAAAUGUAUGUACCCAUUUGACCCGUUGUUAUGAUCUUCAGGUGGGAUCAAGCAAAGCCAGCCUACGUGGCAAAUCUGAUACUCUUGAAGUUCAUAGAGGUAGGUAUUUUCCUCACUUUUUUAUCUUUUUCUUUAGAUAAUUUAAUCUGCCUCUUUAUCCAUCUUUAUUUACAUGAUAUUUUUCUAUUUUUUAAGUCGGGCCGAAUAUUUAACCAUGACAUUUAUUUAUUUUUUUGAUUUUUUUUGUUCCGAAAAAGAAGCAUAAGUAGUUCCAUCGUCACGGUGGUGGGGCUAUUUUUGUACUUGGUGAUUGAAUGAAAUUAUAUGAUUAUUAAUGUGGAAAAUGCUAUAAUCUGUUCUUCAGGCCGAGGAGCAUGAGUCAACGACUGUUGAGGAUAUAAGGAGGAUGGAACCAGAAUUCUUCACCAUGGUGACAGGUGUCCUGAAGCGCGCCGAAAGGGAGUUCUCCUUAUGA